AAAAGCCGUUUUGGAAGAUGAUGUUGCGUAAUGUUAAGUAUAUCACCGGACGCUUCGCAUCCACGGCAUUCCCUACCUCACGGUGUGAAGAAAAGGAGAGUAAAAUUAAUCUGGUACCACAUACCGUGUCCGACAUCAUAGCCGCUGCUAUUAACAAGCAAAUCAACACUGAACAAACGACCAGCACCAUCUACCGUUCGAUGUCUUAUCACUUCUGUUCUUCCGAUGUCGGUCUGCUGGGGAUGGGUGCAUUCUAUCGUAAACUGGCCAACGAAGAGGUCGAGCACGGAGAACGAUUAGCGGAGUUUUUGUUGCUUCGUAACAGCACCGUACUGUUGGACGCAAUUCCCAAACCGAUCAACCGACAAUGGAGUGUUGACAUUGGCUGUACUCUCCAGCAAACGAUCACACUCGAGAUGAAGAUGUCCUACGGCUUGUCCCAGCUGUACCGCAUUGCUCAAUCGGAGCAGGACGUGCUGCUAAUGGAUUUCAUUGCCGGACACUUUCUGAAAGAACAAUGCCAGUCGUUGCGAACGCUACAGCUGCUGGUAUCGAAAUGGAACCAAAUGCGUGCCAUCUCCGGUGGACUAUAUCUUUUCGAUAAGACGGUCAAAAACGUGGCCGACGAUUGA